AUGCCCGCGAAGCGAAAACACUCGCAAAUCGAAAUCGAAGAGGGGGAACUGAGUCAAGACAAUGAUCAGCGCGACUUGCCGAUUAUUAUGGCCCCGAAACGAAAGCGAAUCGAGUGCGAAGGAGGUCAAGAAGACCAUAAGUGCGCGAUUCCAACAACGGCACCAACCCAAGAAUACAACCAAUCCGUGCCCCUCGAACUUACUGAACUUGGUCAAGACAGCCACAGCCGCCCACUGGCAUCGCCGCUAAACGACAACGAUGAGGGAGCUAUCACCAACCAUGACUCGGAUGAGGAGGAACUUGAAGAAAAAGGUCAACAACAGUUGGCAAAGCCGUUAGAAAUGAGAGACCGCGCUCGUAUGACCAUCCCUGCCCAUGCCCGGGUCCCACGAGUUCCUCCCGGCUGGACGAACGACUGGAUGAAAGUUGAGGAAGAUGACAACAGCGAUGGAGAGAAUAGUGGGGAAGAGAGUGAAGACGACGAGAGCAGUGGCGAGGAUGGAAACAACGAGAGUAGUGGCGAGGAGGAUAAAGAUGACGAAACUUGA